AUGGACUAUCUCCAGCAAGCCAGCGCGAGCCCAAUGCCAGAGGGCGUCACCGACCCAAACUACCAUCCGCUCCCGGGCCGCCUGGGUAACCUCACCCCUGCCCAGCAGCACGCCCUCAACAAGCUACGCAAGGAGAUGCAAGACGAGGGACUCUUCGUGCCCGAGCGCAUGGACGACGCGACGCUCCUCAGGUUCCUGCGGGCCCGGAGAUUCGACGUGGAGAAGGCAAAGGCGAUGCUCAUUUCGUGCGAGCAGUGGAGGAAGGAGUUUGGCAUCGAGGAGCUCAUGCAGAAUUUUGACUUCAAGGAGAAGGUAGAGGUGAACAAGUACUACCCACAGUACUACCACAAAAUGGACAAGGACGGGCGGCCUGUCUACGUCGAGCAGCUCGGCAAGCUCGACAUCCCCAAACUGUACUCGAUCACGACGCCCGAACGACAGCUCCAGCGUCUCGUAUACGAGUACGAAAAGUUCCUCAACGAUCGCCUCCCCGCCUGCUCCCAGGCAGUCGGCCACCCCGUCGAGACAUCCUGCACGAUCCUCGAUCUCCGCGGCGUCUCACUCUCGUCCUUCUACCGCGUCAAGGACUACGUCAUGAAGGCCUCCAGCAUCGGCCAGGAUCGCUAUCCAGAGUGCAUGGGCAAGUUCUACAUCAUCAACGCCCCUUGGGCGUUCUCCGCCGUCUGGGCCAUCAUCAAACCUUGGCUCGACGAGGUCACCGUCUCCAAAAUCGACAUCAUUGGCAGCUCUUAUCAGGAUAAGCUUCUCGCCCAGAUCCCUGAAGAGAACCUGCCCAAGGAAUUUGGCGGACUCUGCGAUUGCCCCGGCGGGUGCUCGCUUAGCGAUGCGGGGCCAUGGAACCCUGCAACGUGGAACUCAUCGUGA